CACCCCACGCGCAACACGCGGCAAAACGGGCACCGAGAUUGAGUGGGCGUCUAAAUCCCCACCCCCACUUGCCUCUUACAAUGCCACGCCUAGCCUCGGGGGCUGCCCAAUAAACCAAAUUGCUCCUCCGUUGCGAUCCUACCGAGCUUCCACCAAACUUCCAUUUCAGGAGAGAAAUGGAAGAGAACCGGAAAAAAAUGGAAGCCGAAGCUUCAUCGUUUGAGAGCAGUGAGAUGCUGGCAACAUUUCUGGCGUCGACGCCGCUGCUUUCAGAGUCCUGGAAGCUCUGCAGCCACGCCAACGCCACCGCGCCGCGGAGUUUCGUCACGACCCCGGUCGGGGACGUCGCUUACGUUGCCUUUUCUGGCGUUCAGCCGGUUAGUGGGUUGGAGGAGCCCUAUAGCAGCCAGCGGAACUUGGUGGCGCUCGACAAUAUCGCCGCCGCUGCCGGCCUUUUCUCGGAGAUAUUACUUCAGGAGCCUGCCGUCAAGGUUCAUGCUGGGUUUUUGCAUCUCUUCCUCUCCAUCUUCAACUCUACAAACUUCCAAGCCCAGGUGUUUGAAAUAAUGAAGCAAAGCAAGUCUGUGAUCUUCACAGGGCACUCCAUAGGAGGAGCAGUGGCAUGUCUUUCAGCACUGUGGUUCCUGUCUUACCGUGAAUCGGUUGGUGGGUCUCCCCUCAGUGUUCUGUGCAUAACCUUUGGGUGCCCUCUGCUCAGCAACGAAUCCCUUUGCCAGGCGCUCCUCCAAGAGAGAUGGGGCGGCAACUUUUGCCAUGUGGUGGCCAAACAUGACAUUGUCCCAAGACUACUCUUUGCUCCCGAUCUCUCCGCCCUUACUCUUCAACUCCACACUCUCCUUCGCUACUGGCACCUCUCCAUGCCUGCUACUAGCACUACUUCUACUACUACUACUACCACCACUAGUUGCCCUCCAUAUUUUCGAGUAGAUGAACUGUUUCUCUUCGUGCUGGCCUGCGUGGAAGAAUCAGCAAAUGCAACAGCCGAAUCAGCAGAAGAAGUACGGCUGGCGGGGAAGGACGACUCAUUUUGGCCAUUUGGGAACUACGUGUUUUGCACCGACAAGGGAGGAGUUUGCGUGGAUAAUGCAAUGGCUGCCGUAAAGUUGUUGCAUUUGAUGUUUGCGACAGCCUCUCCAACUUCUUGCAUCGAGGAUCAUCUCAAGUAUGGUUACUACGUGGGGAUGAUGUGCUGGCAGUUGCUAGAAAACAGAGGCAUUGAUAGUAAUGUUGACGAGUCAAGCUAUGAAGCUGGGGUGACGCUGGCGUUACAGUCCUCCGAGAUACCCUGCCAUGGACCACUCAUUGGACCCGCGAAAGACUGUCUAAGGACAGCCAAGAGAAUGGGGCGUACACCAAACCUCAACAGCGCAACUCUUGCCGUAACUCUUUCCAAAAUCAAUCCAUUCAGAGCCCAAAUAGAGUGGUACAAAGCAUCUUGCGAUGCCUCGGAUGACCAACUGGGGUAUUAUGACACCUUCAAGCUAAGGGGAGCCUCCAAAAGGGACGCCAAGGUGAACAUGAACCGCUUAAAGCUGGCCAGAUUUUGGGAUAACCUAAUUAGGAUGCUGGAUGCCAAUCAACUGCCCCACGAUUUUCACAAGCGAGAGAAGUGGGUAAACGCUGCCCAUUCCUAUAAACUCUUAGUGGAGCCAUUGGACAUUGCGGAAUACUAUCGGAAGGGGAUGCACAGAGCCAAAGGCCACUAUCUGAAGCACGGAAGACAAAGAAGAUAUGAGAUUUUUGACAAAUGGUGGAGGAAUAUGAAUAGGAAGCGGAUCGGCGAGGAAGAAGAAGAAAGUUAUUAUUAUUGUAAGAGGAGGAGCAGGUUUGCGAGUUUGACACAAGACUCGUGCUUCUGGGCGAGGGUGGAGGAGGCGAGAGAAUGGCUGGAGAAUGUGAGGAGCGAGAGCGAUGCCAGGAAGCUGUCUCUGCUGUGGGACAAUAUCCAUCAGUUUGAGCAAUAUACAAGCAGGAUUGUGGACACGAAGGAGGUGUCUCCAGACGUUCUGGCACGAAAUUCAAGCUACAGCUUGUGGGUCAAAGAGUUGGGAGAAUUGAAAUUGCAGCUGCUGCGCCAAUUCCCCCCUCAUCAGUUCCCCGGAUUUUCUCAAGGAGAAGUUGUCCCCUAACUGUAGCUAUAGCUUAUUAUACUCUUUUUAACUUCCAUCUCAAAUUGAUACUACUGGACCGCCGAAUCAUUGAUCAAGGGGAGUAUAUAAAGAGUAAAGAUUAUAUACGUUUCGUACUUCGUUACAAA